AUGAUUUCAGCGUCUAUUCCUAAGACAGAAUUGUCUUCCAUUUCAGCGCUGGCAAGUGUUGAAGUUGUAAGUGACUUGGACACUAAUAGAUACGAUGAAAUAGAACUUUCAAGAGACUUAUUUAAUUUAAUAUUCCCUGGAGGAGAAACAGUGGAAGAUAAAUACGUUUUAAUUGAGCUAUUGGGCUCAAAAGCAUUCGAAAAGUAUAACAUCUUCAAGAUAGAUAGCAUUGAUAUGGAAAAGACUGGACAUGUAGUCAGAUUCUUUAAUAAUAGUCGCUUCAACAGAUUCAAUAGCCAGAUCACUAUCAAGGAUUGUCACAUAGAAUCAUUGAUUUGGAAAGUCAUUCCGCCAUUGGAACGGAUUUAUGUUCUUGUCCCAGAUACCAUGUAUUCAAUUCUUAUAAAUGAACCGAAGGAUCUAGUUAGACAUCAGUUUUCUACUAAGUUUUUGAAGCGUAAAGUGGUUAAUACUGGAGACGUUAUAAGAAGUAUAAAUGGAGAAGUAAAGCUAUGUGAACCCUUUGACCAAGGUGCGAUCGAUUCCAAUACCGAAAUCGUUUUCAUUAAGAAAGAAAAUGAUGAGCUUAACGAUGUUCAGGGAACAGAAGACGAUUACAAUAAUUAUAGUGAAGAUGAUGAUUCCAUUGAUAGAAGUCUUUCGGAGCUUGAUUUAUCAACAUAUUUAUCAGAUGGUUUUUCGGAAGCUAUAAGCAAGAGAUUCCAAGUCAACCCAUUAUCAAAGAAAAUAUCAAUCACUCAAUUCCCCAACAAAUGGCAAAAAGAGGAUAAUGAAUUAUUUGUCUUUAUUAAUUCUGAUGAUUUGAUGAAAUUGAAUUUUCCGCUCUUCAAUGGAGAUUGUGCAAAACUUGUCACUGAUUCUGACGAAGAACUACUCGUUAAAAUAUUCACCUUCUUGGAGCCCAAUCCUUUCGAAUCUGGAUUUUUAUAUUUGUCUCCCAUUAUUUCCAUUAACUUGGGUUUAACUGCAAACUCUACAAUAAGAAUCAAGCCGAUAUCUCAUCCUGAUACUUUAUUGUCAAACCAAAUACCGAUAGCCCAACAAGUCACUAUAUCUAGAAUUGCAUCUUCCAUCACUAUGGAUAAGACAUACCAGCAGCAUUUUUUUUCGAAUUUGAAAUAUUUACUUAACAACCAACUAAAAUGCAUCAAGGUUGGUGAUGUUAUUCCAGUUGUUAUUGAUUCUGUUUUGUCCAAAACCAUGUUUGAUUUGGAAUCAGAUGAUGACACUGUCCCUAUCGGUAAUCCUGAUGCUAUAGCUUGGUUUCAAAUUGUUGAUAUCGUAAGAGGAAAUGAGGAUCUGACGACCGGACAGUAUUUGAUUGAUUCUUCGAAGACUAAAUUAAUAUCUUCAGGAGUUGAGUUUAUCCGCCUACCUAAAAAUGAGUUUCAUAAUUGGUAUUCGUAUUUCGAUUUACCACCAGUAUUUAAUUUUAACAAAUUUGUUAGCCUGAAGGAUUUCUCGUAUGCUUCAGAACUCAGAAAAAUAUUGAAAACAAGCUUGAAUGCUAAGGUGAAUACAACGAUCUUAUUAAAUUCUUUUUCUAGAGGGGCAGGAAAGUCGACUUUGGUCAGGAACUUAUCCUUGGAGUUAGGAUUGAAUUUAUUAGAACUUGACUGUAAUGAAGUAAUUAAUCCUGGUCAAGAAUUGAAGACAAUAGGGUUAUUGAGUGGUAAAAUAGAUAAGAUUUUAAAUGGCUUCCCUGAGAAUAGUUCAGAGAGUGUAACGGUCAUAUAUUUGAAGCAUAUUGAGAAUUUGUGUGUUGAAAAAAAUGUAAAUGAUCAAAACUCUAGCUUAUAUACUUCAGUAUCAUUAAGAGUUGCAAAAUUGUUGAAUUCAUAUCUUAGCAGAUUUCCAUCUAACGUAUUGGUGAUCCUCAGUUGUAAUGAUUUUGAUAAAUUAAAUAAUAAUGUUAAGCUGACUGUUAAGUUCAAAAUCGAUGUUUCUAUACCAACUGAAUCUGAAAGAAGAGAAAUAUUCAAUUUUUUAUUUGAAAACUAUUUGAAUCAUGAUGGUUCCUUCUAUGGCGACCAUUAUUCUAUUAGAAAUGAUGUUAACUUUGCCUCUCUAUCAUUACAAUCGGCUGGUUUAAACCCUCUUGAUUUAAUUUCAAUUAUUAGAAAUGCUAAAAAGGCAGCAACAAGAAGAGUCACAGAAUUAUCUAAGUCGCUCAAAAUAUCCGUGGCAGAUUUGAUAAGAAUUGGGGAUGGUGGUAGCAUUGUGAUAAUACCAGAGGAUUGCAAUGUUGCAAUCAAUGAUGCGAGAAAUCAAUUUAGCGACUCAAUCGGAGCUCCAAAGAUCCCGAAUGUCAAAUGGGAAGAUAUAGGAGGUUUGGAUUUAGUCAAAGACGAGAUUUUGGAUACCAUCGACAUGCCAUUGAAAUACCCUGAGUUGUUCAACAACGGCUUAAAAAAAAGAAGUGGAAUAUUAUUCUAUGGCCCUCCAGGUACGGGAAAAACUCUCUUGGCGAAAGCGAUAGCCACAAACUUUUCAUUAAAUUUUUUCAGUGUGAAAGGGCCCGAGUUGUUGAAUAUGUAUAUUGGUGAAUCGGAAGCUAAUGUAAGAAAAGUAUUUCAAAGGGCAAGAGACGCAAAACCAUGUGUCAUUUUCUUCGACGAGCUUGACUCUGUAGCUCCAAAGAGGGGCAACCAAGGUGAUUCUGGAGGUGUCAUGGAUAGAAUUGUAUCGCAAUUACUUGCAGAAUUGGAUGGUAUGAGUAGUGGUGAUGGUGAUGGUGUCUUCGUCGUUGGUGCCACUAAUAGACCGGAUUUAUUAGAUGAGGCCCUCUUAAGACCUGGGAGAUUUGACAAGAUGUUAUACUUAGGGAUCUCUGAUACUGAUGAGAAACAAACUAAAAUUUUGGAGGCAUUGACGAGAAAAUUCAAAUUAGAUUCCGAAGUUGACUUGAAUAAGGUCACUAAAGAGUGCUCUUAUAACUUGACUGGAGCUGACUUUUAUGCAUUGUGCUCUGAUUCAAUGUUGAACGCAAUGACUAGAAUCUCUAAAGAAAUUGAUACAAAGUUAAACGACUUUAAUAAUGCAUUGGAAGAGCAGGGAAAAGAAGAAGUGUCUAUUCGGUGGUGGUUUGACAAUAUUUCGACAGAGAAGGAUACUCUCGUUGUUGUCAAAAUGGAGGAUUUUGAAAAAGCUCAGAAGAAUUUGAUUCCAUCAGUCAGUAUCGAUGAGCUCAACCAUUAUCUUCGAAUCAGGGAAAACUUUGAAGGUGGUAAAGAUGAGGCCCAAAAGUCUGCAAGAGAACAAGAAUCCAAAUAG